GGAUCUACACCGAGCGGCACGGUUUGUCCUGGUGACGCAGUCGGUUGCUAGGUGUGAAUGAACUGACGCUUUCUCACAAUUAAGCUGCUCCUCAGUUUACAGGUCGACCACAACAAAGCAACAACUCGUUCUUUUGCGCUGUCUCCGGAUAUUCCGAGCUAAAACAUGGCUCUUUAAACUCUUGAAGCCGUUGGACCCGAAAAGAAGUCGUGCUUUGCUUUAGCAACGCACCCCCAAGUGCUCUACAUUUUUUCUGCAAGAAUGGAGUUUCAUUAUGCUCACCCAGCCCUGCUCUCUGUGGCCCAUCUGUCAGACCCUGCUUGCUCUCAGCAUAUGCUUGGACUUGGACUGAAUCAAAGCACCAACAGACAAAAUGAUGGCAACAUCAGCUCCUGUUUGGAAGACUCUUCGUGUCUGCCCGGCAGACCCCCUCGCUCUCUCUCACCCACAGGCUAACCACAGCCAAUCACAGGGGUGCAGGGGGGAGGUGUCAGAGGAGAGUCAGCACUUAAUUGGUGAUGGUCUCACUGACUGGAUGACGGAAGAAGUGGAUUUCUCCUCGUACCUCCCAAACCCCCCUUCCCCUCCCUCCUCCACCAAUGCCUCCCUUCCCCCUUCACCCCUUCAGAAUGAUAUCCAGGUGCCCUCUGACUUGGAGGUCAUGACCUCCCUGCUGCAAGAGGAACUUGCCCAACUAGAGGACUACUUCCUGUCUGAGCCAGUGCCGGAGAAAGGGCCGAGGCUGGGAAAAUGUGACAGGGGUCCACUGCCGGCGGGUCCUCAGCCGUUCAGUCAGCUGCCAUACGCAUCAUACUCUACAUCCAACCAAUCGGAAUCCAGCCCACUCCUUGUUACCCUGGCAACCGGAGAACUGGACCUGCUGAGUAUCUGUGGUGGGCCCAUUGGGCGAUCCAAAAUUCCAAGACACGCCCCGUACAGCUGCAGUCGCCCCAGUGGGUGUGGUAGGAAAAGAGUUCCUGAUGGUGUGAGGUUCAGUGAAGGCUAUGAUAACAGUUUGUUGAGUUCCAAAGGAAGCAACUCAGGUAACUCAGCAGUGACCCUGACAGGUAAUUACAGCUGUGUAGAAGACGAGCAGCUGGUGGGAAAAAGCUACUGUCUUGGUAGCGCAGUUGAUGUCCGAAGAUGUGCCACUCUACCCAAAGAAGAGAAAAAUUGCUGUUUCAGUCAAGAUGUUAUAGGUGGUGCAAAGGUUGUUGGUGGAGGAUUUGGCUUUGGCGGAUCACUUGAUGUCCCACACAAGAAAGAGGAUUUGUUGAUGUAUAGCAUGAGGGAGGUCAACGGAAGCACUGGUAACAGCGAGGUGCUCAACAGUAUCAAAACUAGUGUGGAGGUGACAAAAGCCACCGUUUCUUGGAAAUCUGAGAGCAGCGAAGGUUGUUAUCUUCCAACAACGCAGCAGCCUGAGGCCUAUCAUAGCUUCUUAGGCAACAUCAACGAACAGGUCAAAACAGAGAGUCUACAGUUAGGGCAACAUGAUCUACACUGUAAUUUCCUUGAGGAUCAGGGCCCAGAGUGUCUUUUGAUGGCUAGGGAGAGUCUGAACUUGGAGUCCUCAGGGCACAGACAAGCAUGCAGGCUGAAAGAAGACCACUGUGCUGUGAAAUACGAAGUGGACAUCAUUCCAGUCGAAGGCGGAGAACGCAAACAGAAGAAGAGAGAUCAGAACAAAACUGCCGCUCACAGGUACCGCCAGCGAAAAAGGGCGGAGCUUGAUUCUUUGGAGGAGCAAUUGCAUUGCCUUGAAGGGAGGAACCGGGAGCUCCGGGACAAAGCAGAGUCCGUAGAACGUGAAAUCCAGUAUGUUAAAGACCUGCUGAUCGAAGUUUACAAGGCCCGUAGCCAAAGGCUGAAGCAGGACACAACAGCAUAACACCAAGUUCCUGCAAGUACAUUUAAAGCGGGUGUGACAGGGAAAAUGUGGAGCUUUUUUGUGUCUUUAAGAUUGUUCAAAAUUGAAUAUUUAAAAUUUUUUUCAUGGCGGGAGGGGUAAAUGCAUGCUUUGCUGAUGUGAAUUAUUGUUUCCAUUUUAAAUCAACACUAUCCAAUGCUUCCACUGCUUUCGCACUCUAAUCACUUGAGCCUGCACUGUGGCAUUGCAAUGCUUUAAAUGACAAUCAUUUUUAAUAGGUCGCGCUCUGCGUGAAUCUACAAAUUGAAAUAGGGUUAUCGCUGAAGGAGUAAUGUUAUUCAUUAUGCAGGUUUAAGAUUUUUAAUAGCCUUACAUUGGAAUUGAUGUCAGCAAUAGAACUUAAUGUUUUUUCUUUCAAUUUUCAACUUUUAUUUGCAAUUACUGUAUCACCCUCUUCAGUAGCAGAAGUCAAAUAUGUUGUUGGUGUCAACUGCUUCAUUUCAUUUUGAGCACGUCUUUCAAACCAAAUGUUUUUCUAGAAUUAUUUCAUGCCGCCCUCGGACAGCAAAUUACGUUUCAAUGUCGAUUAAUUUAUUAGAAUAUUAGCAUUGUGGUUGAAAAUGUAUUGACUUUUACAAUUGUGGAGAGAACCGCUGACAUACAGAACAGGAAAAAACAUACCCUUAGCAAAAAUAUACCAUUUUUAUCAUUUUAAUAUUGUUACAAUUUUUUUGACAAAGCAUUUGAUUAACUUUAGGUCUAAAUAUUCAGUAGUCAAUGGGAUUUGUACCUUUUUCCCUCCUUUUUUUCUUUGGUGAAGAUCACUCAUCUACAUUUUACCCUGCUUUGUCAGAGAUGUUACUUUGUCUGUUUCAUUUAUUUUUCUGAUAUUUGCAUUAAAUGUGAGAAGUCUGUUCUUUCUAGCAGUGGUUGCAAAUAUUGUCCAAAUUCUGUGACCAAAAGCGAACUAAUUUAAUACUUUAACUGUUUUCAAGGUUGAAACUGACAUUGUAUUGUGUUUGUGACAAUUUGUCAAAUGUUCUUCUCUUGCAUAUUGCAAAUUAUACAAUCUGUUUUGCAGCUCAGGAUAUGCAAUUUAUCCUACAAUCCUACAAAAUGCAAGUAGAUAAUUCAUGGCAGGAGAUUUACAGACUGUACAUGGUAAAGAUUUCACUGACAUACAGGUUUUCCUAAUGUUUUCCAUAUGUACAAAUAUUGUAACUAGUGGAGUUUUAGCAGUCUCCUUCUGCAUGUUUUUCCAUAAAUGUACACUCUCUCUCUCUCUCUCUCUCUCUCUGGAAUAGCAAAUUUAGGAUUUCAGAAAUCGGGGAUCCUUUCUCUAAACUGCUUGUUAAGGCAAUAAGUUUUAUAGGCCUCUGGCUGAUCUGCACUAAUUUGUAACAACUUUUGUAUAUUCAGGGAGUGGAGUGUUAGCCUUUCCUUUGUAGAAAAUUAACUUUAAAAAAAAUCUCAUUAGACUAUUUGUUAAGGCUUUUGCAGUGUUAGCUUUGGUGUAAGAGGAUACUGUUUAAAUUAUUUUCCAGUUCUUAACCACUUAUGUUAAACAUGCCUAUACCGAGGAUAGAUUUUUUUCUAUGCAUAUUUAUUUUAUGACAAUCUCGAAACUGAGCGCUGACUUAUCAACAUUUAUUUAUAUUGUUUAUUUAGUUCUUGGCAAGAAAUUCUUGUCACAUUGUUCGACCCCCCACCCCCCCUGCGGUGUACUAUCAACUCCGAUUGUUGAAACCAAAAAUGUGUAAUGACAGCCUAAUUUAAAAGCACAUUAUAAGGAUUUGUAUCGUCUAGUUCAUUUAACCAACCAUAGAUGCAUAUUUCCUUUGUAUGUCGUCAACUUUUUUUUUUUUUUAAUCUCAAAAUAAAAUGUCAUCA